AUGGUUUUAGUUCAAGAUUUGUUGCACCCAAACCCAGCUAGUGAAGCUAAGAAGCACAAGUUAAAGACUCUAGUCCAAGGCCCAAGAUCCUACUUCUUGGAUGUUAAAUGCCCAGGCUGUUUGAACAUCACCACCGUGUUCUCUCACGCUCAAACUGCCGUCACAUGCGAGUCCUGCUCUACUGUGUUGUGCACUCCUACCGGUGGUAAGGCUAAGUUGUCUGAGGGUACUUCUUUCAGAAGGAAGUAA